AGCUCCUGAGACCUUUGGGCUGACGUGUCUGCAGUUUGUCGGCAGCUCGGCGAGUAGGGCCGAGAUGGCGGACGCCUGGGAAGAGAUCAGGCGGUUGGCGGCUGACUUCCAAAGGGCGCAGUUCGCAGAGGCCACACAGAGGUUGUCAGAGCGGAACUGCAUUGAGAUUGUAAAUAAAUUGAUUGCUCAGAAGCAGCUAGAAGUAGUUCACACACUUGAUGGGAAAGAAUAUAUUACUCCAGCCCAAAUUAGUAAAGAAAUGAGAGAUGAGCUACAUGUUCGAGGUGGUCGUGUGAACAUUGUUGAUCUGCAACAGGUAAUUAAUGUGGAUCUGACUCAUAUUGAAAAUAGAGUUGGUGACAUCAUUAAAUCAGAAAAACAUGUUCAACUAGUGUUGGGACAAUUGAUAGAUGAGAACUAUUUGGAUCGGUUAGCAGAAGAGGUAAAUGAUAAAUUACAAGAAAGUGGUCAGGUAACCAUAUCAGAACUAUGUAAAACCUAUGAUCUUCCUGGAAACUUUCUGACACAGGCACUAACUCAGCGACUAGGUAAAAUUAUUAAUGGACACAUUGAUCUUGAUAACAGAGGAGUAAUAUAUACUGAAGCUUUUGUAGCUAGACAUAAAGCACGCAUCCGUGGGCUGUUCAGUGCUAUUACCCGGCCUACACCAGUGAAUUCUUUGAUUUCAAAAUAUGGAUUUCAGGAACAACUUCUUUACUCUGUUCUUGAGGAACUUGUUAAUAGUGGACGCUUACGAGGCACCGUGGUUGGUGGAAGACAGGAUAAGGCGGUGUUUGUCCCUGACAUUUACUCCAGAACACAAAGUACUUGGGUAGAUUCUUUUUUCAGGCAGAAUGGUUAUCUAGAAUUUGAUGCUUUGUCCAGACUUGGAAUCCCAGAUGCUGUGAGUUACAUAAAGAAAAGAUAUAAGACUAUACAGCUCUUGUUCUUAAAAGCAGCUUGUAUUGGUCAAGGACUUGUGGAUCAGGUGGAAGCAUCAGUAGAGGAAGCCAUCAGCUCUGGAACAUGGGUUGAUAUUGCUCCUCUGCUACCCAGUUCCUUGUCAGUUGAAGAUGCUGCAAUACUGCUUCAACACCUUUUGAGAGCACUCAGCAAACAGACUUCAGCUGUAGUCUUUAGUGACACUGUUGUAGUCAGUGAAAAAUUUAUAAAUGACUGUGUAGAAUUGUUCAGUGAACCGAUGCACCAAAAAGCUGAAAAGGAAAUGAAAAAUAAUCCUGUUCAUUUAAUCACUGAAGAAGAUUUGAAACAAAUCUCCAGUUUAGAAAGCACUAAUACAAAUAAAAAAGAUAAAAAAGAUGAACGAAGGAGGAAAGCAACAGAGGGCAGUGGAAGUGUGAGAGGAGGAGGUGGUGGCAAUGCCAGAGAGUACAAAAUUAAAAAAAUCAAGAAGAAAGGAAGAAAAGAUGACGAUAGUGAUGAUGAGUCAUCUCACACUGGAAGGAAGAAACCAGAGAUCACUUUUAUGUUCCAAGAUGAGAUUGAAGAUUUUUUAAGAAAACAUUUACAAGAUGCCCCUGAGGAGUUUAUUUCUGAACUUGCCGAGUACUUAAUAAAACCACUAAAUAAAACUUAUCUUGAAGUGGUACGUUCAGUAUUCAUGUCUUCAACUUCUUCUGCCUCUGGAACUGGCAGAAAGCGCACAAUCAAGGACUUGCAAGAAGAGGUUUCAAACCUUUACAAUAAUAUUCGAUUAUUUGAAAAAGGGACCAAGUUCUUCACAGAUGAUACCCAGGCUGCUCUUACCAAGCACUUACUGAAGACAGUAUGUACUGAUAUCACUAAUCUCAUUUUCAACUUCUUAGCUUCGGAUUUAAUGAUGGCAGUGGAUGAUCCUGCAGCCAUUACAAGUGAAGUAAGAAAAAAAAUUCUAAGUAAAUUGUCAGAGGAAACUAAAGUAGCUCUCUCAAAACUCCAUAGCUCUCUGAAUGAAAAGAGCAUAGAAGACUUUCUUUCUUGCCUGGAUUCUGCAGCAGAAGCUUGUGAUAUUAUGGUGAAAAAGGGAGACAAAAAAAGGGAAAGGCAGAUACUGUUCCAGCAUCGACAAGCACUGACUGAACAACUAAAAGUCACAGAAGACCCUGCUCUUAUUCUGCAUCUCACAUCAGUUCUAUUGUUUCAGUUCUUGACCCACAGCAUGCUUCAUGCACCCGGAAGAUGUGUCCCACAGAUCAUUGCUUUUCUGAGUAGUAAAAUUCCAGAGGAUCAGCAUACCCUUUUAGUAAAGUAUCAAGGUUUGGUUGUAAAGCAUUUACUUAGUCAGAAUAAGAAGACUGGGCAGGGAGAAAAUUCCUUGAGUGAUGAAUUAGACAAAGAACAAGAAGAUAUCACAAAUACUACUCGUAAAGAGCUUCAAGAACUUUCUUCAUCCAUUAAAGACCUUGUUCUCAAAUCGAGGAAAUCAUCAAUGACAGAAGAAUAAUGAUUUUAAUUUACUUAAUGUUGUAUAGUAGACAUUUUUUGCCUAGAGUUAAAGGUGAGUGGUUACCAAAAAAAAUAAUCAUUUCACAAGCCUCAGUCCCCUUAAUAGCACCUCCCACAUUCACGGUUUAGUUAAAACAGUAGCAUUGCAUUCACUGUAAAUCUUAUAAAAAUGUGAAUUUUUGUAAAUUGAGUUCUCCAUGGAAGAUUUCUUUUUCACAUUAUAAUUCUAAAAAUUAUACAUUUCAUGUUUAUUUUCUUUUUAGAUGCUGAAUGAAGAAUAAAUUCUCUGAUAUUUUUCA